CUCCACCGGCAUUUGUCGAGGGCUCUAUCCCUCUCAAGUACCAGCCCGUGUUGCGGUAUACCCAAAUAGUUGUUCAUCAUCGAUUCGCCGCGCACGAUGUCCGCCGCUGAGCAGAAGGUUUGGCUCAUCACUGGUACAUCGUCGGGACUUGGGAAAAGUCUGGUCGCAUCUGCCCUAGGACGGGGCGACCUCGUCAUUGCUACAGUGCGUCGCCGUGAAGACUUCUCGCUGUCGGAUGCGGACGCAUCUCGCGUCCAUGUCCUACUUUUAGACGUUACGGUGCCCGAGGACAGCGUUCGCCAGAAGAUAGCCGAAGCCUGGAAUGUCUGGGGACGCAUUGACGUCCUGGUGAACAACGCAGGAUACGUCUCGCAGUGUUUGCUUGAAGAGGGCGGGUUAUCUGCCGCCAUGAAACAAUUUGACGUGAAUUUUUUCGGGGUGUUGAAGGUCACGAAUGCUAUCUUACCGCACAUGCGCGCGCGCAAAUCCGGAUUGGUCGUCUUUGUCGGAAGCAGAGCAGUCUGGCAGGCCAAUAUACCGACCGCGGGGUUAUACAUCGCAUCCAAGGCCGCUAUACACACCUACAGCGAGACACUUGCGGCUGAGGUUGGUCAGUUUGGGAUUCGUGUGCUCCUCGCCGUCCCCGGUGGCUUCCGCACCACCCAGGAUAAGCAGCUAUACACGCAGAAUGUUCCCCUCGAGGAAUAUAAUGAAUUUCGGGACAAUAUUUUGAACUUCCUCGCAAACUACUGGAGCCGCGCACAAGGGGAUCCGGCGAAGGCUAUGGAGGUUCUGACCGAUGUCGUGCGGGGCGAGGGGAAGGCCAAAGACCUGGAGCUACCUCCUUUGCUCCUUUUGGGAGAUGCGACAUACACGCAGGCACGGGUGUAUUCCGAGACGCUCUUGGAGAAUGCGUCGAAAUGGGAAGGCAUCGGCAAGAACCUGAACUUCGAUCCGAGCAUAUGAACGUGAAGCUGCCUAGGCUCGGACAGAUCUGCGUAUCCGUUUGCGAUUCUUCCAGACGGUUCAGAUUGUUACGGCGACUCGUGGUGGUGCUACCAGAACAUGUACUAUGUCCAACUUGACUGACUCCUUGACUCCU